AUGGUUGUGACAAUCUUUGACGACCGCUGCGCCGAGCUUCGCGCUCCUGGCUUCCUCAAUCUGACGAUUUCCAUUAUCAUCCUCAUCGGUCUCAUCGUCUCCUACCUGCCGCAGCACUACCGAAUCAUCGCCAGAGGUACCUCGGAAGGCAUCUCGCCAUGGUUCGUCUUGCUGGGAGUCACGUCCGCCACUGCCGGCUUCGCCAACAUUCUGACCGUCCCGCCCUCGAGACGCGACAUUGCCUGCUGUAGCGAAUUGGGUACUUUCGAAUGUGCUGCUGGCUUACUUGGAAUUGCCCAGCUGGGCAUGCAAUGGAUCUCCUUCGCGCUGAUCCUUGUCCUGUUCCUCAUCUUCUUCCGGUACGAUAAUGCCACUGUUCCCGAUGAGGAGCUGGUCGAUAAGCCACCCUCGUGGCACACUGCUAUAAUGGUCGGCUCCGUGAGCUUGAUCCACGGCCUGCUCGUCAUCAUCCUGACUGUGGUCUUCACCACCGCGCUCAGAGACCACCUCGACUUGUGGGCAAAUUUCCUCGGCGUCAUGGCCGCCGCUCUUGCCGCGGUCCAGUACAUUCCGCAGAUCUGGACAACCUACCACAUCAAGCACGUCGGCAGCUUGAGCAUCCCCAUGAUGUGCAUCCAGACCCCCGGCGGCUUCCUCUUCGCCGGAAGCCUAUUUGCCCGCCUUGGCUGGGAAGGAUGGAGCACGUGGGGCGUUUUCGUCCUAACUGCGUCAAUACAGGGCGUUCUUCUCGCCAUGGCCAUUUACUACGAAUUUCAGGAGCACCACGGAGAGCCGCAAUCUCCAACCCUCGUCGACGAGCCGAGACGCCCCAACCCGACCAGAACAUACUCGGAAGGUUGGGAGCAAGGCCUUCCUGGCCCUUACACGGCCCAUCCCGAACGGUACGCCGACACAGAGGAGGAGCUGGAGCGGUUACAAGACAGAGAGGAGCGGCAGGUUGAGCGAGAGACGAGACCUCUCCUGCGUCCAGGCGGCAUUGGUGACCCGCACAAGAAUUACAAUGCCACGGACGAUUGA